AUGGGGAAAGGUCUGGAAUGUGUGGAGGUCGCUGGCUGCCGGGAGCCGGGACUAGGCUUGGAGCUUGGGGACCGGGGGGCCCCCUUACCCAGAAGAGCCUCUGGGCCGCGGCGGGUGCGGUUCCGCAGGAAGUGGCUCGGAGUCGGGCCGGCUGCCCCCGUCGCCCGGAAGCCUGAGUUUGUCCGCGUCCUUGCCCCUUGGGCCUGGCGGCGGGGCGGGGGUUGGGGGGCCGGCAAGGGCCCCUUUACCCGCUUCGCCCGACGUGGGCAGUGGCUUCCUCGUGACCUUCGACCAGGAGAGGGAGGAGGAACGCCGAGGCGCGCGGGGACCCUCGCCUCCGCGCGGAGCUCGGAUCCCAGGCCUGAGGCCUCGCAGAGCUCCGGGGGUGUACCGAGGGCCCGGCACGGCGCUGGGCGCCGGGCGGAGCUACAGUCAUGCGCGCGCCCCUGGCCUCCGUGCGCGCUCCCGCUCUCCGUCUGCGUCCCAGACCUGCUGGGAGGAAAGAGCCGGAACCAGCAGCCUCUGACCCGUCCUGGUGCCCUGACUGACCGGCCACAAAGCCAGAGAGUGAGUCUUGCCCACCCCCUGGGGGACCAGUCUGCUCAGCCAAGGAGCCCCGUGGAACCGGGGGGUAGCACCAGUGCCCAGCCUGCCUGGAGGAGGCCCCGGCCAGACCAUGGUAUCUGUGACAGGGCCCCUGACUUCCUCUCCCCAACUGGAAACCAGGCCCUGGGGCCCACCCUGGGCAGUGUAGUGGCUCUGAACUGCACAGCCUGGGUGGUCUCUGGGCCCCACUGUCCCCUGCCCUCAGUCCAGUGGCUGAAAGACAGGCUGCCGCUGGGCGAUGGGAGCCACUAUGACCUCCAUGAAGACUCCUGGGUCAAGGACAACCUAUCAGAGGUGCUUGUGUCCAGUGUCCUGGGGGUCAACCUGACCCGCGCUGAGGACUAUGGGGUCUUUACCUGCUCCAUCCGCAAUGUCAGCUCCUCCUCCGUCACUCUCUGGAGAGCUGGCCCAGCAGGCCACGUGGCCGCGGUGCUGGCCUCACUCCUGGUCCUGCUGGCCCUGCUCCUGGCGGCCCUGCUCUAUGUGAAGUGUCGACUCAAUGUGCUGCUCUGGUACCAAGACGCCUACGGGGAGGUGGAGAUGAACGACCGGGCCCCGCCCUCCCACGGACCCGCCCCGUUCUGGCCCCGCCCCCGCCCCGCCUCUCCUCGGCCCCGCCGACGCCCGGUUCCCGCAGAGCCCUCGGCGGACCUCCUGGUGAAUCUGAGCCGCUGCCGGCGCCUCAUCGUGGUGCUGUCGGACGCCUUCCUGGGCCGGGCCUGGUGCAGCCACAGCUUCCGGGAGGGCCUGUGCCGGCUGCUGGAGCUCACGCGCAGACCCAUCUUCAUCACCUUCGAGGGGCAGAGGCGCGACCCCGUGCACCCCGCGCUCCGCCUGCUGCGCCAGCACCGCCACCUGGUGACCCUGCUGCUCUGGAGGCCCGGCUCCGUGGCGCCUUCUUCAGAUUUUUGGAAAGAGCUGCAGCUGGCCCUGCCACGGAAGGUGCAGUACCGAGCAAUGGAGGGCGACCCCCAGACCCGGCUGCAGGAUGACAAAGACCCCAUGCUUGUUGUACAAGGCCACGUCCGGGAGGGUAGGACCCUGAACCUGGAGCUGGACCCUGACCCCGAGGGGGACCUGGGUGUCCGAGGGCCAAUCUUUGGGGAGCCAUUAGCUGCACCACAUGCAAGCGGGGUGUCACUUGGAGAGGGCCGGGGCAGCGAGGGGGAUGUCUCAGACCUCGGCUCCCGCAACUACAGCGCCCGCACGGAGUUCUACUGCCUGGUGUCCGAGGAUGACGUGUAGCCCCCCCCCAGAACAGCAGGAUCUCCAAGGAUAGCCGGGUGCAGGGUGGGGUGGGGUCUUUCUCCUCUUAGCAGGACUACCAGCCCUGAGACCCUCAGAGAAGGGGAGUUGCUCCAAUGUGCCUCCUUGCGCCAGAAAAUAAAGUCCUUUUAGAUCCUG